CAUCCCAAACGUCAUUUUGUUCUGCUGAUUUGUCAAAACGUUUCACAACGAACAAUUCAAUUCCAGUCAAUAGUUCAGCGCUAAUCUAAUAACAAAGUCGAAGUACGCAAAAACGCAAUAGAUAAUGUUGUUUCAUUUGGUGCUCGUAGCGAUUGUCGCUGUCGGCACGAGUGCUGCCGGCAUCGGUAAGAAGUAUCCACUUUCUUCCAAGUUCAUCGAAGAAAUCAACGCAAGGGCUUCUACAUGGCGAGCUGGUCGGAACUUCCACCCGGAUACCUCCCUCUCGUACAUCCGUGGCCUAAUGGGAGUCCACCCGGAUGCGGACAAAUUCCGUGAGCCAGAGUUCGUCCAUGAGCUGGACGACGCGGAAGACCUGCCGGAAAACUUUGAUUCCCGCGAACAGUGGCCCAACUGUCCGACGAUCCGCGAAAUCCGCGAUCAAGGCUCGUGCGGCUCCUGCUGGGCAUUCGGGGCGGUCGAGGCUAUGUCGGAUCGUGUUUGCAUCGCUUCGCAAGGCAAGAUUCAUUUCCGUUUUUCGGCCGAAGACCUUGUCUCGUGCUGCCACACAUGCGGCUUCGGUUGUAACGGAGGAUUCCCCGGCGCUGCCUGGAGCUACUGGGUGCGGAAGGGAUUGGUCAGUGGUGGACCUUUCGGAUCAAAUAUGGGCUGCCAGCCUUACGCGAUUGCUCCGUGCGAACAUCACGUCAAUGGAACGCGACCAUCCUGCGAGGGCGAAGGUGGAAAGACGCCAAAGUGUGUCAAGAAGUGCCAGGAGAGCUACAGCGUAGCCUACCAGAAGGAUAAGCGCUUCGGAGCUACCUCGUACUCGAUCGCGCGCCACGAAGCACAGAUCCAGAAGGAAAUCAUGACCAACGGACCGGUAGAAGGCGCGUUCACCGUUUACGAAGAUUUGCUGCACUACAAAGAGGGUGUCUAUCAGCACGUGACCGGUAAAAUGCUCGGCGGUCAUGCCAUUCGUAUUCUAGGAUGGGGCGUUGAAAAUGGUACCAAGUACUGGCUGAUUGCUAACUCGUGGAACAGCGACUGGGGCGAUAAUGGUUUCUUCAAGAUCCUUCGUGGGGAAGAUCAUCUCGGCAUUGAAAGCUCCAUUUCGGCUGGUUUGCCUAAGGUGUAAAGCCGGCACUGCAAUAUCCGUCGAUUGCUCUCAACCCAUAUCAUGCUCUAGCAAUUACAUACAUUCCGGGAAAAGGCGAACGGGAAACAAGAAGGUAUCCAAACACGAGAGGCUGAUUUACCAAUAACAAAGAGUUUCUUCUUUUUGAACAAUAAAUAAAGCGCGCCGGUUCUGCUUUCGGUUAAAAAAAUA